CGAACUAAACAGCUCGCUGGGCGACAUGGAGAGAAGAAUGCCUGUACGGUACUUUAGGAAUAUCACUUCCUCGGGCGGGAAUACAACAGUUGUCCUUUUGCUUCUUGUCACAUCAGGUGCGCUAGGUAAUCAGGUCCUGGUGCCCCAGCAUGUCAACGCCGUGCUGGGCAAGAACGUGACGCUGGGCUGCCACGUGGAGGUGGACACCAACCUGAGCCUGACGCAGAGCUCCUGGGAGCGCCGGCUGCCCACGGGCUCAGUCACGCUGGCGGUCUACAACCCCAUGCUGGGCAUCUCUGUGCCGCCCGAGUACCAGCACCGCCUGCACUUCCGCUCGCCUUCCAUGCACGACGCCACCAUCAUACUGGAGGACGUGGGCUUCGCCGACAUGGGCGUGUACACCUGCAAGGUGGCCACGUUCCCACUGGGAAACACCCAGGCCUCUACCACCGUCAGUGUUCUGGUGGAGCCCAAGGUGUACGUGUCUGCUGGCUCGGUGGCCCUGGUAGAUGGCGGUAACGACACCACGGUGGCCACGUGCAUCGCGGAGAAGGCCCGGCCGCCGGCGGAGGUGUCCUGGGAGACGGACCUGCACGGCUACUCGGAGGCGCACCUGUCGGACGAGGCCAACGGCACCACCACCACGCAGGUGCACUACCACUGGCAGCCCAACCGCAGUGGCCAGGGCCACUCCCUCACCUGCCUGGUGCGCCACCCCGCCCUACAGGCCGACUUCCGGGUGCCCUACAUGCUCAGCGUGAUGUUCGCCCCUGACAUCAAGGUGCUGGGCUACGAUGGAGACUGGUUCGUGGGCCGGGAGCAGCUGCAGCUGACCUGCCAAGCCAAGGCCAAUCCUCCGGCGCACCACUUCAGAUGGGUCAGGCUGGAUGGGGAGAUGGCGGAAGGGGUGCAGCUGGUGAACGACUCUCUGGUCUUCACUCGGCCGCUGCAGCGGAACGACUCCGGCGUGUACCGAUGUGAAGUCGGCAACAACAUCGGCUUCCGAAGCCGAGACAUCAGCGUACGCGUCCAUGACCCCCCCACCACCACCGCCUUCCCCACCGUCCAUGUCCCCCUCUUCCCCAACUCUGCCAACCACACCACGCCGCCCCUCAACAACCAGCGCUCCAUCUUCACCUCCCCGACGCUGGCGCCCUUCCACGCCGAGGGCAACCUGGGCACCAUCGUGGGCGGGGCGGUGGGCGGUGCCCUGUUCCUCCUGCUCCUCCUGGUGCUGGGGGGCGUGUACUACCAGCGCCAGCGCACCACCUUCCGCGGGGACUACUACAUCAAGCAGCGUCUGGGCGGCCACGGCCACGACAUGCAGAAGCCCCCGCAGGCCCCCAACAACGCCUCCUCCACGGCCCACGAGAUGCAGCUGGUGUACGGGGCGGUGGCCGGGAAUGGCGGGGUGAAGUCGGCUCGCUCUCCGGACGAGGACCUGAGCGGAGGGUUCGCGUGCCGGGAUAAGGAUCGCGAGGAGUGGGGCGCUUUCGAUCGCGAGCGCGCUCCCAACGGGCGAAGCAGCAGGGCAUUCCGAGGGGAGCUGUCCGGAGGUCGUCCUGCCGACUACGCACCAGAUCACCACGACUACCAAAAUCAAUACAACCACCAACACCACGGCAACCAUAACCAGCCGCCCAGCCCCUACCACAGCUACCAUAACCACCACCAGCCUGGGCCUCGCAGGUACCCGGUGGGCAGCAACGGCUCCCCGUACUUCCCCGAAGAGGUUUACGACAACGAGUACGUGUCUCACACAGACGGCUCCAUGAUCUCACGCCGGGAGUGGUACGUCUGACUACAAUCUCAUGCCUGGAGUGGUACAUCUGACUUGCGUCGGAAGUGGGUAUGUCUGACUGUAUGUCUCGCAUCAAGAGUAGUACGUCCGGCUGCGACAGGACAAGAGAUAUGCCAGGCGGAUAAUAUGGCUGUUGAAUUAGUCACACAUAACACAGAAGAGACCUUGUGGAGCGAGGCUUAUUGCACUUUCGUUAUUUACUUAUUUUUGUAGAUCCACCUUUUUUGUAGGAGGAGACUUUCUCUAGGCACUGACGUGUACGUCUUUCACAUUGUUCUUCUAUUGGAUGUACCGGAGUCGUGUGUUUUUUGUUUUCGUUUGUUUGUUUCGUAAUUUUGUGUAGGCUAAAAAAAACCACCAUCUGUUGAUGGUCAGAAUCUGUUAGCAGGAAGAAUGUCGGCUUAGUCCCUUUUUUUUGGUUACCUGCACAGAAGGGAGGUUUUUUUUUCUGUUUGUGUUUUGGCUCGUUUAUUUUUUUUCCUAGUGGGUGUCGAGUCUUGGAGGGUAUUCUUGUUCAGUUUUUUUGGUUGUCAGCAGACUCUUUGUUUACCUGGGCCCUCACUCUCUCAUCAUCAGGAGUUGCAUUCCAAGCCCAGGGCAGCUUUUUCAUAGGCCAGCCAGCCAGCCAGCCACACAGCCCUAGUCUUCAUUAUCAAGUGAAAGAAAGCACCCUGUUCUCAAGAAUGCUCGAGUGCGUGUUCCCGAAAAGCAUCUCGCAGUGCCCUUUCGUGAGCUCCUACCCAACGGCUCAAUGCCGACCCAGUCACUCCAAAUACCAAUCGCCAUUAUGUUCGAGCCCUUUUGGUUUCCAUGAAAACACACUCGUAUGCUCUCUAAAGUAGGCACCGAGCAGAACAGGACAGAAUGGAAAAAGAGGCACUGUUUCAUGGAUGUUUUGUUCCAUUUUUUUUCUUGUUUAUUUGUUAUUAGUUUGUGGUGUUGCCAAAUAAGGGAGGGUGGCAAGGCUGCAGAGAGACUGAGCGAAUUGUCAUCAUCACAGACCUUCCUUGUUCAUGUGUUUUUGCCCAUAGAAAGCAAAAUCUGAUGAACUCCUCAUCACGACACUUGAUAUCUAAACAGUGUAAAUGUUCUAAACUGUUUUCGAAGUGUUGAUCUGUCAGUCAACUCUUAUAUGCAAUCGUUAUGUUAUUAUCUUUGCACUCUGUGAUGGUGAACAAACGUAGUUUACAAUGCUAGUCUGCACUCUGCGCUCUCUCCACGUCGUACAGACUUCCGUACUCCCCCUUCGACUGUGAAGGGUUUGGGAACCGUGUUAGACUUUACUCUCCAGGUUGUGUUUGUGCCUUUUGUCUCUGUGUUUUUUAUAUGUGUCAGAAUGAACUUGUUCAUGUCAUGAACGCCGUCUGUGUUUCUGUGGGUGUGUGUCUUUUUUUAUGUGUUUGUAAGUGCACAGGCUAGUGUCCCUGUUGGUGCUAACCUAUCCGGUAUUAUGGUUUAAUGUUGUAUGGGUAACUUGCCAGUGCAAUAAUUUAUUUAUUUUGUUUAUUUUGUUUUUUUUCGCCAAUACAUGAAAUUAUUUUUCCCCCGGGAUUCUUUUUCUAAGCCCUUUUUGUCCUGUCAUUUUUCAUGUUUGAAAAUCUGAAGAUAUUGCGCAUUGUGAAUUGUUUGAUAGAUUUUUCUUUCUUUGGGAUACAGAGUGCCUUUUCUUGUAAUUAAUUUACAUAAUUCUGUUUUUCCGUUUUUGUUUUGACCUGGAUAUGUACAAAAAAAAGUGUAAAAAAUGUGUUUGAAAUCAUGAUGACGAUACAAAAUUAUUGGCGGCUAUGCCAGGUCCAUUCUUGUUUGCCUCUCAAACUGCAGUCCCAGGUGUGUAGUCCUGAAUGAAUUCUUGAUCAAUUGAUUUACAGUUUUUUGUUUGUUUGAUUGUUUAUUUGCUGAGAUUUCGCAUGACAUUUGUGACACCAGAGUUGCAAAACAAGCAGAAGUGUAAACUUGAUUUGAACUGUGUAACGACACUACAUUAUAACUGCCAAGGGAUCAUGGCAAAGGUAUUUUCAAUUAAAGAGCGAAGUUUAAACAGACUUUGUUUUGGGUCUGAAUGAUGUGUAUAUACGACUGGUUAUAGGCAGUGAUAUUCAUGUGGUAGUGUUCUUUUUUUGUCUUUUGGUUAUUUUUCUUCUUCUAAAAAAGAGCGCUUCAGAAUUGAUGUGAAGCACGGUACAUCCACCUCACCUGAAUGUAUAGUGAAUGUGUGUUUCGAACUAGUCACACACUUUGAUCUAGGCACUCCCAACACAGCCACACUGCAGCUGAUCACAGUCGGUAUUUUUCCGUUUACGUUUGUUUAUUUUGUUUAGUGAGACCCACUCUCUGAGGAGAUUAAUCACGAGAUGAAAAGUAUGAUGCUGUAUGAAAGACAAAUGUUUGUUUAAGAAAAAAAAUCAAGUACAUUAUUUGAAUAAAGCACCUUUUGUGAAACGUU